CUGAGGUGUAGUAGCCGGAAAAUUUUCACCACAGACUCAAUGAAUGAUGGGCAACACAAUGCACCUUUUAGAUUUUCAAUAAGAUCCCUUUCAUUUUCUUUUAUCAAUUGUACAAAAAAGUUGCAAUUGACUCAUAUAUAUAUUUUAUAUAAAUAUAUUUUAUCUUAAGAGCAGACUUAUGCCAGGAACUUCGGCAAUUUUGUAAUAUGACCCCAGUCUUUUCUCAUUAAACUAUACUUUCUUUUGUGCAAUUAUGUUUUUUGAAGCUUUGAUUGUUGUCUCAUCUUAUUUUUUAUUAUAUCUUGUCCGAAAAUAACGUUUUUCUCUGAAAUCUCUGAAAAUUCUUUUGAUUUGUGUUUUAGUUCAAAUCAUAAGGAUAUUGUAAAAGUCAUUUUUUUAAGAAUAUUAUGAUUUUCUUACAUUUAAAACUUAAAUCUAACCGUAAGGAUCACGAUAAAGAUACUGCAGAAAAUUUACACACAUAGUUCGUAAGCUUGAAUCUCUAGGAUAAUUGAUGGUGCAGCUUGAUCAUUUAUUUUUUGUAAAUGGAUAAAAAAAAUAGAUUGAUUUAAUGGUAUUAACAUAAGAAGAGGUUCAGGUUUUUAACAACAAAUAAAGUUCUCACACACUUCUAAUCGACAAGAGUACACUUAUUUGUCUAAAGUAUGAAUCGAUCGCUUUUUUACUAUAGUCUGUGCUUUCAAAGUCAAGUUGUUGUAUCCCACAGGAGUUGGAGACUUUGAAAAACUGUUGCUUCUGUUUCUUAGUGGAAUCAGUUUUUGACAUAUUUGUUAUAAUUAUAUGCUAUGAUCGCUUUACUUUUAGUGACGCUGUACUUUUAGUAAUUUUUAUCGAAGAUACAACACAUCACACGACAGCUUGCAGUCACCCAUAGCACUAACUUUCCGUUUAUAAAAACCGGUUUGAUGAUCGUUACAAAAAAGAUGGUAUAACAUUAUUCGAAUGAGCAGUUGGAAAUAAAGUUUUAAAUACAAUGUAUAGUACUGCUAUGAAAAACAUGUUAAUAAAAUUGUUCUGAAUUUAUUUUAAACACUCGAGCUUUCGAUUACAACUUAGUCAUAAAUAUCACCCACUGGGUGAUAUUUGUGACGUGUAUAGUAGCGAGCGGUACGAGACCGACGUAUGAAAUCUUGAUAACAUAAAAUCUUCGUUCGUAUAAAUUUUCAACGUUUAAUUAAAAAGAUUGUUCUUUUUAACAAGUCUGUGCCUUUGUUUUGCAGAAGCUCAAACUAUAGAGCUUAUUCAAUACAUUUCUUAAUCAAAAAAUUUUCCAACGGUCUAUUACCUUUCUCUUCACGAACCGCAAAAACUUUUUUUUAGUUUUUACCGAUUUGAUGCUGAUUUCUGAUCGACCAAUAAACGGCCUAAUCCAAUUCAAACUUUUAAUCGGCCGAUCCGAUUCCAAUUUCUCCAAUCGGUUACAACUCUGUUUCAAUGAACCUGAAAACUGAUAAAAAAAGAACGUUCAAACAUUAACUGUACAAUAACGAUUACAUACAACUAAGCAAUGUUUAAAUUUUCAAGUUCAACGCAUUGUUUUUUUAAUCUAUUUUUAAAUUUACUUCUUACUCUUUUACGUACACCUUUUUUUUAUUUUAAGGUGAAACCUUUGAUCAAACAAUGCAAAAAACAGACGCUCGAUUUGAAGACAAUAGUCGUUUAGCUAUACAUCAAGGUAAACGAAAUGAAUUUUGUGAAAUACCUGGAAAUAAUCUAUAUUCAACUGAUUUACAUUGUAUUGGCUUUAAAUCAGAAAUAAUGAACCAUUCGAAUUAUAUGUUUAUUGGUAUUAUACUGCAAUCAAAACCAUUAGCUGUUGAUUCAUUUCAACAGCCUAGUUCCUAUGGUUGGGGAAUGGAUAACAUUUUUUAUUUAAAUGGUAUUAAAAAAAGAUUUGAUUAUGAUAUGAGAGAAGAUGAUAUAAUUGAUUUUAUUAUAAAUUGUAAUAAACGUCGAACUGACUUAUAUAAUCGACGAACAAAAGAAUUUUAUGAAAUAUCUGCUAUCGAUUCAAGAAAAUGUCCAUUUCCUUGGCAAUUGAAUAUCUGA